AUGAUUUUUGUACAAACUGAUAAAAGCUUUGAUAAAUUAGAAGAAAAAGAAAUCCAAUGGCAUAUCUCUUUACCAGAAAAUAGCAUAAAAGAAAAUGAUAGUGAAUCUUAUUUUGAGCAAGAAUUGAUAAAUCAAUUUGGAAAUCACUUAUUGAUUACUGAUGCUCUAAAUGCACUGACUUUUAUGAUAUUGAAAUUCAUUACAUUCACACAUAUUGCAAAAUAUGCAAAUGUAAUUUACCUUAUGGAAUUCCUAUAA